UGCUUGACUGCCUGCCUCUUAAAGAUAAAUCAAACAUUUUAAACACAUAAUUCAAUUAAACAUUUCUUGUUUUUUUUGUCUGAACAAACCAUGUUAACUGAUCAAGAAUCUGACUCGACUGUUACUACUCCUCGUAGCUCUGUUCAUUCCGACGAAGAAGUGUUGCUAGCAGCAAGUAAUCCCAAGAAACGUGCCGGGAGAAGAGUGUUUAAAGAAACCAGACAUCCGGUUUUUAGAGGUGUAAGAAGAAGAAACGGUAAUAAAUGGGUAUGUGAGCUUCGUGAACCCAACAAGAAAUCAAGAAUAUGGCUGGGUACUUAUCCUACGCCAGAAAUGGCGGCUAGGGCUCAUGACGUAGCUGCAUUGACGUUCAGAGGAAAAGCCGCUUGCCUGAACUUUGCUGACUCAGCUUUCAGAUUGCCGGUGCCGGUUUCUACUGAGGCGGAAGAUAUUCGGAGAGCUGCACAUGAGGCUGCGGAGUUGUUUCGACCUCAAGAGUUUGGUGGUGCAAUGACCGGAGCGUCGUCUGAGAUGGUUAUGCAGGAGGAUUCCGGUGAAAUGUUAAGCAAUGAUUUAGAGUAUAUGGAGCAGCAAGAUAUUUUUGACAUGGCUAGCAUGGCAGAUAGACCGUUACUUUCACCUCCACGUUAUGUAGAAGAAAAUGACGGUAUGGAGCAUGAGGAUUACUUGGAAGCUGACUUUGGUGUGUCUUUAUGGAGCUAUUCUAUUUGAUAGGUUGAUAAUAUGCUAUAUUAUUGAUUUUUUUUUGUACCAUAUGUAUUUGUGAAUGGUACAAAUUAAACCUUUUUUUUUAAGUUAGAAUUCAUUGAGAAGAUUAAAAUAGUGAAAAUUGUAUAACAAAAUUUAGAUA